ACGGCGGCACGCUUUCGCGCGUCCCAUCCAGCCCGUCUCGCGCGCGGCUACGCGAGUCUUCGGCACCGCCGCGCCUGGCGUAUCGUGACGGACGACGUUGGGCCGCGUCGCGAGAGGGACACGCUAAACAAAGUCAUUAGAACAGCGGCGUGGCACCCUGCAACUGACCUGUGCGCAAAUGCGCCGCUCGCUGUUGUUUAACCGCUUGUAUCUAUCAUUUGAGGACCCGAAGGAUCGUCUGCUCCUCGCUUUCAGCGUCGCAUUCUCGUCCGCUGCUGCAGUGACUCCGACACCACGACUGGGGUCGCUGCCAGCGCGAUGGAGGCCACUGAGCGCGCACGUCGUCAGCUGCUUGAUGUUGCCAGCGUUGGCGUGUGUUCCGGCGAUGUUGCCGCUGCGCCGUUGACACCGGCAAAAUGAGCCACUCCAAGUUCGCCCGGGAUCGUCGUCGUCGUCGGUAGCGCGCGGCACCAGCAUGCGAUGCCGGCGUAAGCGGCACCGGAUUGCGGCCGCUGCAUUCGCGGCAACUCGGGAAGGUCGUCUAGAACACCGCUACGAGCUACGUCCUCAACCUUAGGCAGAAACGGGAGCGGUUACAACAGCGUCUUCCAUCCUCGGAGAGAGGUGCGCGCCCAGGAUUCGAGCUUCCCCGACGGGUAUACGUCAGCGGCCCACUUGUUUCCCCGAGUGCUUCCGGGAAUAAACUGCGGGCCACUUGUGCAGUGAGUGAUCGUGCUGUGUUCACCGAUAAGAACGUCGACGAAGUUCAACGUUGAAGCUAAUCACAGCAAUUCUGCUCUGCCGCGUUUUCAUCUAUUUCGCUGUGUAUUCGCUUCUAAACGCCAACUAUGUUAUGCGCUUCUGCCUGUCAGCUACACGGGCUUCAAUUUCUUAACCGAGCCUGCCGUAGUGAUAGUUCGUUGCCGUUUCUCCAGCUUAAAUUUCAACUUGAAAACAUGGCAACUCCGGCUAAUUCAUGGCGUAAACUGUACGCAAACCACAAGGCAGCGUUUUAAAAGGCUCUUCCACUACUCUGAGCAUCGUCCUUUUAUUGGAAUCAAACGGAAUUCGUGCGUCUAACUGCCAGUUUGUCCAGCACGCCCCACGCUGGGCGCGCGUAUUUACAACUGUGCGCCGAGCCCCGUAACGUGCCGCCAGCGGCUGUUGGUGUUUCGGUGGGAUACGUGCCCGCCGUCGGUGCUGUGUUCGUGUCCGUCGGUCGACGGUGUCCGUGUCGCGCGGCUGUGAGCCCUGAGCGGUGCCGGCGACAACGUCUGCGCGUCGGGCGUCGGCCGGUGCUCGAGGAGGCGAGGCUACGGCUCUGCGCGGCGGCCUCUGCCGCUGGCUGAGGACGGUGGUGCGCGCCCUCGCCUCCAAAAUGUUACGCGGGAUGCCCGGCGCCGGGGGCCUCGGUGGCCCCUGGGACAAGCUCAUGUCCAAGUUCUACCGCCACCAGCAACAGCAGCAACACCAGCAACAUCAGCAACAGCAGCAGGGGUCGGCUUCCGGAUCCAAGGAUUCCAGGACCAGAGCUCCGAACCCUGGAAGGAAAGAAAGCGCCCUACAAGAAGCCGUAAACACCAUCGAAAGCUAUCCUAACUAUGGCCUCCACGGCGCCCCCGAGAAGUCUGAGCACCUCGUCCUGAAGCAAGAACGAGAGGCAGGCCACCCAGCUACGAAAAGCCCGACCCCUGCCUCACCCUCAACUGACACCAAUCUUUUCGUUCCCUUUCGUGGGUACUACACGACAAAAGCUUGCAAUGCCAGAGACCACCAGCGCAUGCAGAAGGCUCUACGCAAAUCAACUGACGAGACAAAAUGGGCUAGGAAGAAAAGGCGAGCAGCAGCACGAACAAAAGGAGACUCUACUGCAUCUCACGAGGGUCCCACCUACGAGCCUGGUGCAUUUUAG